AGAUCCUGAACAUGGAAGAUGACCAGAACUGGUACAAGGCGGAGCUCCGGGGUGCCGAGGGGUUUAUUCCCAAGAACUACAUCCGGGUCAAGCCCCACCCGUGGUACUCGGGCAGGAUUUCCCGGCAGCUGGCUGAAGAGAUUCUGAUGAAGCGGAACCAUCUGGGAGCCUUCCUCAUCCGGGAGAGUGAGAGCUCUCCGGGGGAGUUCUCCAUCUCGGUGAACUACGGGGACCAGGUGCAGCACUUCAAGGUGCUGCGUGAGGCCUCGGGGAAGUACUUCCUGUGGGAGGAGAAAUUCAACUCCCUCAACGAACUGGUUGACUUCUACCGUACCACCACCAUCGCCAAGAAGCGGCAGAUCUUCCUGUGUGACGAGCAGCCCCUGCUCAAGCCGCCGGGGGCCGGCUUCGCCCAGGCCCAGUUUGACUUCUCGGCCCAGGACCCCUCACAGCUCAGCUUCCGCCGCGGUGACAUCAUCGAGGUCCUGGAGCGCCCGGACCCCCACUGGUGGCGGGGCCGGUCCUGCGGGCGCGUGGGCUUCUUCCCGCGGAGCUACGUGCAGCCCGUGCACCUGUGACCCGCCCCAGGUGGGAUCCCGCCCCAGGUGGUGUCCCUUCCGCGGGAACCGGGGUCCAGGGCGAGGAGGUGGACGCCCCCACCCGGCCGCACGGGGCGCAGCGCACGGCCUGGGACCGAACUCGGGCUCCUCGUGCCCCGGGCUAUUGCGCACACGUGGGGCCGGCCCUGG